AUGAAUGCCAAUUCUGUUUCGCAGCAGCAACAGCAACUGUAUGAGGUGCUGAUCAACGGGCGGCUGUACGACUGCCGCAAUUUUAAGCACCCAGGGGGAAGUGUGCUGAGAUUCUUCUGCGGCUCUGGUGAUGCCACAGAGACGUUUAUGGAGUUCCACAUGAGGAUGCCUAAGGCGGCCAAGCAGCUGCAGCAGCUUCCCAGUCGUCCGGCUCCUGAGUGGAUUGGUGAGGACCUGAAGGAGACUGCGAGGCUUAAGAAGCUGUCACGCGACUUCAACAACCUGCGCACUGAGUUCGUUCAAGAAGGAAUGUACGACCCCUCCUACCUACACGUUUUCUAUCGUCUGGGGGAGUUGGUGGUAAUGCACGCCCUUGGUUUGUAUCUUCUCCUGUGGACCCCCUACUGGAUACCCGCGUGCGUGCUGCUUGGCAUUGCUGAGGGCCGUUGCGGCUGGGUUGAGCACGAAGGUGGCCACCAUAGUCUUUUCGGGAAUCACUGGCUCGACCAGAAGAUCCAAGAGGUGUGUUACGGCCUUGGCGACGGGAUGAGCGCUGCAUGGUGGCGGUCGCAGCACAACAAGCACCACGCCACCCCGCAGAAACUUCGGCACGACGCUGACCUGGACACCCUCCCACUCGUUGCAUUUAACCGAAUCGUGGCGGAGAAAGCGAGAAACAGCUCUCUGGUGCGUCGUUGGCUCUCAAUGCAGAUGUACCUCUUCGUGCCGAUCACGUGCUCGCUGGUGGCGCUGUCCUGGCAGCUUUUCCUGCACCCCCGGCACAUGAUCCGCACAAGACGUUACACCGAAAUGGCGUGCGCCGCAUGUCGUCUUCUGCUUAUUCUGGCUAUCUGCCGCAGCCUCCAGCUGACCUUGUUGCAGAGCAUCGGCGGCUACCUCUUCUACCAGUUUUUUGGUGCUGCUUACAUUUUCGUGAACUUUGCUCUUUCGCAUUCACAUCUUGGUGUCCUCUCGGCUGAUGCACACGUGCAUUGGGUGGAGUUUGCGUCUGUGUACACAAUUAACAUCGCACCACAUUGGCUUACAAACUGGUGGAUGGGGUAUCUCAACUUUCAGAUCGAGCACCACCUCUUCCCCACUAUGCCACAGUUUCGUUUUGUAUCAUUGUACCCGCGUGUUCGCAGGUUGUUUGAGGACAAUGGGCUCAAGUAUGACUGUAGACCCUAUUGGGACGCAAUGUCAACAACAUUUAGGAACCUUGGGCAUGUUGGUGACAUGUUUAAAGAGUCCUCUUGA